AUGGAGACGGAGCCACCCAAAGUGCUCGCUUCUCUCACCGUACUGUUGCUGCUGGCGACGGCGCUCGCGCCGGUGCCCGGAGAACAAGCGAGGGCACUCCUCGUCUGGAAAGCCAGCCUCAGCAACCAAAGCCAGCACGCCCUACGGUCUUGGGAGAACAUGUCCGCGCCCUGCAGCUGGCUCGGAGUCAGGUGCACAGCGCACCAACGCUGGCGCCAGACGGCGAUCAGCGGCAUCUCUCUAAGGGGGAUGCGGCCGAGAGGGACGCUAGAGUCCCUCAACUUCUCGGCCCUCACAACCUUGACGUGCCUUGACCUCUCGCACAACUACCUUGCCGGGGCCUUCCCUCCUGGCAUUGGGGUCCUCAGAGAGCUCCAAGCUCUUCUCCUGCAAGGCAACCAGAUAAGAGGGUCAGUUCACCUUGGCAAAAUGAGCAGUAAUCUUGUGACCCUCAAUUUGUCAAUCAAUCACUUAGCUGGUCACAUCCCUUCUGAAAUAGGCCACCUAAGGCACUUAGUUACAUUAGAUUUGUCUAGUAACAAUCUUUCCGGCUCAAUCCCAAGCAACAUAGGUGGUCUAACAAAACUCACCACCUUGAACCUCUUUGAAAAUAAUCUUUCAGGCAAUAUUCCAAGAGAAUUAGGUUAUUUGGUAAACUUAGAAGAUUUUGAUCUUAGUGAAAACACACUUUCAGGUUCCAUCCCAAACAGCUUAGGAAAUUUGACAAAACUCACCACCUUGCAUCUUUUUCAGAACCUGCUUUCUGGGCAAAUUCCACGGGAACUAAGUUACCUGGUUAUCUUAGAGGACUUAGACCUUAGCAACAACACACUCUCAGGUUCCAUUCCAAGAAAUUUAGGUAAUUUAACUGAGCUCACUAUCUUACGUCUUUGGGUCAACAGACUCUCCGGCCAAAUUCCAAGAGAAUUAGGUUACCUUGUGAACUUAGAGAACUUGGAUCUUAGCAACAACACACUCUCGGGCUCUAUCCCAAUAAUUAUAGCGAACUUGACAAAACUCACUUAUUUGUCCCUUUUUCAGAACCAACUUUCUGGUAAAAUUCCACGAGAACUAGGUUACCAUGUGAACUUACAGGUCUUGGAUCUUAGCCAAAACACACUCUCAGGUUCCAUCCCAGACAGCUUGGGAAAUUUGAUAAGACUCAAAACCUUGCAAAUUUUCCAGAACCGACUUUCUGGACCAAUUCCACCAGAAUUAGGUUACCUUGUGAACUUAGAGGGCUUGGAUCUUAGCAACAACACACUCUCAGGUUCCAUUCCAAGAAAUUUGUGUAAUUCGACCAAACUCACUUUCUUGCGCCUUUGGAAAAACAAACUUUCUGGUCAAAUUCCAUGA